AUGGAGACGGGCACGGACGAACGGGACGAGCACGGAGACGAGAGCAGGCCACGGAGGAAGACCACGAGCGGGACCCGUCGAGUGCCAAAGAGGCGAACCGUGAAGCGAUCUACACGCAGCGGCGGGGCUCAUACCCCGCCUACGCAAGGUCUACGGCCCUGGGAUCCGCGGCGGCAGCUGGAGGGCUGCAAUCCGGAUAAAGAGCGAGGACGCAGAGUCACUGGGACGUACCGCGAAGCGACCUACACGCAGCGGCGGGGCUCAUACCCCGCCUGCGCCGUAAAAGCGGUGUGCGCCAUUCACAUUGGGGACGAGCGCCGUCUACCUGCCUCUGGCCCACGCUUGAGCGACAGCCCACUGGCCCAAGCUCUGAAGGUCUAUGCUCGCCGUCACCCAGAGCUGGAUUUCACAGAGCUACGUGAGGAGGCCAGGUUAUUGGAGACUGAGUACGGCCGGGGUCAACCAGAGGUAACGUGUGCCUCAGUUCAAAAACAUUAUGACUCUCCUAAAACCCCACAGGGAUUGGACUGGAAGGAGCAAUUGAAGCGCGAAAUCAUGGAGGAGGUGAACGUCCAAAUGAAGGGGCUGUCCCGUGAUAUCCUCGCUGAGCUUAAACCCCUGCUGCAGUCUGCCUCUCCCCAGUCAAGCCCCCCCAACACCACGUGGAACCGCCGGUAUUCACCGAGACCCUAUAAUGACCGGGACGAGCAAGGAAUGAACGUCAUCAUGGCUUGUUGGGAUAACAUCUUUAAGAGGUCAAAGAUGCCUGCUCUCCCACCACAAUUUAAACAUCUGAGAGUGUGGCGGGAGGCGUUUGCCACCUGCAGCCGCAUAGAAGUAGCCCCCACAGAGGACGGGUCAAUGGGUUUCGUGAGGUUGGCCACGAAGAAUAACAUUUCAGUCCCUCCAAAUAGUGAGAUAGUGGUGUGGGGUCGUACUCGGAUGGGGCGGGGUGGAACAGAUUUCUGUGCCCUUAUAGAGCCGGUUCCUGGGGCUAAUAUUGGUGGUGUGGGUGUGGCUAGAACGCUGGUCGAGGUGAGCAAGCUGAAAACGCGCCCUGACUUGUCUGAGGUGCAGCAGGAGGAGCUGGAGGCCCUGCUGCAGAGGUGGGAGAAGGUCUUUGCCGUACAUGACGAGGAUUUUGGCCGGACUGACCUGGUGCAGCAUAGAAUCCCUACGGGCGAUGCUGCCCCCAUCCGAGAGAGGCACCGGCCAAUCCCCCCAAUGCUACGGGCAGAGACGGGCACGGACGAACGGGACGAGCACGGAGACGAGAGCAGGCCACGGAGGAAGACCACGAGCGGGACCCGUCGAGUGCCAAAGAGGCGAACCGUGAAGCGAUCUACACGCAGCGGCGGGGCUCAUACCCCGCCUACGCAAGGUCUACGGCCCUGGGAUCCGCGGCGGCAGCUGGAGGGCUGCAAUCCGGAUAAAGAGCGAGGACGCAGAGUCACUGGGACGUACCGCGAAGCGACCUACACGCAGCGGCGGGGCUCAUACCCCGCCUGCGCCAAGCGGUGUGCGCCAUUCACAUUGGGGACGAGCGCCGUCUACCUGCCUCUGGCCCACGUUAGCCUCAGCCAUUGGGGCACAAUUCCCCCGGAGCCCCCACAUCCGAGGCUUCUGGGUUUUAACGAAGGACUUUUAUAA